UGUCCCAAAUGGCUCGAUCAUCCGGACACGUUGCUUACGUCGCGGCUACGGUUCCAAUGGCUAUAGUCGUGACGGUUUUAUGCCUGUUUCUAGCAAACAACGUGACCCAUGCCCGAAGAAGACCGGCCACCUACAUCGUCGGAGACGAAUUCGGUUGGGACCUGGUUAUUCCAAUGGACAGUUGGACACGAGGCAAGACCUUUUACGCUGGCGAUACUCUAGUAUUCAAAUACGAUGAUCUAACCAGCAAUAUGGUGGUGGUAAACCGAACCGGUUACGAAAACUGUAUGGCGAACGAUGGAUCGAAAGAGUACGACUCCGGUAACGAUAGGAUCCAACUUCCUUAUGGUGAUAGCUAUUACAUCGGGACAUAUAAUCCUUAUGAUUGUGCCGCUGGUUUAAAGAUGGCCAUCAAAGCAUUGGCUAAUUAGAAGUAAUUAGUUGAAAGUGUUAUAAUUACU